AUGAAUUUAAACAUCAGUGCCAUGUACAGCUGCCGGAUGCCCCAGCCACCAGCCCUACCAAUCAACCUGCAACUUAACACCUUAACAGUACCUGUUCGUAUGUCACCCUCGAUAACUGUACCGCCAUUUCUAAGCUCGGUACCACCAAUUUUGCCUCCGCCUUCCUACCAGCUAAUGUGCUCAAACAGUAAAGCUGAUGAAGCUGACGUAGAUGUUGUUGGUAUCACGGACGCGCCAUGCAGUGUGCACCUCGAUAAUGGUGAUGAAGAUGAGGAAGAGCCAUUGGAUCUAUCUAUAAAAAAGAAAGAAAUAUGCUGUGCUCCGUCCAGCUCUUCUGUCCUUAUUCCGCCACCCAACAGACCAACAGUUAUAAAAAAUGGCUAUGGUAAGUAG